AUGGCAUCUGAAGAUAAUGAAGUCACACCAAUGCAACCUAAGAGAGGAGUUAUGCAGUUAGAAGGGUACAACGCUAUGUUAGCCAAACAAGACAAGAUGGAUCAAAGGCUAGAUUCACUUGUUAAACUCUUUACCCAAAAUCAAAUUUCUGCAGUCAACACUCAAUUUCCUGUAGUCUGCGACACUUGUGGUGGACCACACAAACCUGAAAAUUGUGACGCUAUGGUUACUAUAAGCCCAGCUCAGGUGAAUUCUCUUUGGUAUGACCAACGUAGGGAGAAUAAUCCUUACAACAAUACUUAUAAUCCUGGCUGGAUAAACCAUUCUGCACUUUCAUAUAAUCAAGGAGGACCACAACAAGCUAAUCUGGGAAUUCAACCAGAGCAAUGUGGUCAAAAGGCAGCUUGGGAAAUUGCAUUCGAAAAGAUGUCUCAAGCUCAAACAAGUUUUGUGGAAGAAACCAGAGCAUCUCUCAAAAAUCAAGAUGCAUAUAUUAAAAAUCUGGAAAAUCAGAUUGGCCAGCUUGCCAAACAGAUGGCUGAAAGGCCUCCAGGAACCUUUCCUAGUAAUACAGUUAUCAAUCCCAAGGAACAAUGUAAUUCUAUCACUACAAGGAGUGGAAUAGUAAUUCAACCUGUGGAAAAACCAAUAGCUGCACCGAGUAGUGAAAAAGAUGCAGAGAAGGAAAAUCCUGCUGAAGAGAAAGCUGAUGACCCUGUCGAUAAAGAUGCCAUAAUUUUUGGAGGACCAUUAAAUGAUACCCCACGUAAGAAAGUAACAAAGAAGCUUUCUUUAGAGGAAAGGAUGAAAUCACUUGGAGACAAUCCUUAUGUUAAGGCUCUUUAUCCUCAGAGGUUGCAGCAGCACGAGCAGAAGAAAAAUAUCUCUAAAUUCUUAGAGAUUUUAAAGAAGCUGCACAUCAAUAUCCCAUUUGCGGAAGCUUUAGAGCAAAUGCCAUCAUAUGCUAAGUUUCUAAAAGAGAUCAUAACCAAGAAGCGGAAGCUCACAGUAGAAGGAUCCACUAUCUUGACAGAGGAGUGUAGUGCAAUCACGCAGAAAAACUUACCUCCGAAAUGA